AACUCCAAUCGUACCAUCAGUUCGAACACCACAGUCUCCCUGUCUGGACACCAAUUCAAAAUCUAAAUCAAAAUUUUAAAUUAUUUCUCAAAAUUUUAAAAGUGCGUGUGUUUGGGCGAGGAAAUUAUAAAUUUUGCAAAAACCAAAAGCUAGCGGAAAUUUUCUUUUGGCAUCGGUGCUAAAGUUAUAGUUUCUUAUUCGGCAUAAUGUCUGAGAAAAUGGAGAAGUCGGAGAAGCCACCAAAAAUUGCAGGAAACUUUCUGUACAUGUUUGAGUUUGUGGUGGACGACCUGCUGAUCACGCGACAGAAUAUGUGUGCGCCGGAGGAGUAUCCCACCUGCACGGAGAUCACGUUCCGCUCGUCCGUCUACGUGAAUCUCUGCGAUCGCGAGGUGGGCACCUGCGCUAACCCCUGUUCGCCCAAGUGCGGAAAGUGUGCCCUGUUCACGCUGGACUCCCCGAUCACGGACAAGGAUGUGCUGCAGGUGCAUGUGUACAAGAAACGCACGGAGAGCUGCAAGUUUCUGAUAGGAGUGUCGGAGCUGAAGGUGAAGCCAAUCUUCGAUAGAGUAAAGGAGUCCUUCGACAUUGAGAAUCCCGAGUGGGAGGGGGCCAUGCUGGGUCACAUUGCCCAGUUGCCUAAGCUGAAGGGUCCCAAUAGCAAGGGUCUGCUGGACAACUGUGCCUGCUACGAGAAGCUAAACGAACGCCAUGAGCAGUGGUGUCCCACUUCGGAGCUAUCAAAGCGAUUGCUGCCCCUGUUCAAUCUCUGCAAGAUGCAGACUGGCAACAUAGUGCUGAUCCUGAGACUGGUCUGCAAUGGUCCGGCCAUAGUGUCCACCUUUCCCUUCAGCAAGGUCUGCUCCCGCAAUCCCAAAUGCCCGGAGCCCUGCUGUGGACCCUGUGGUCCCUGCCCACCGCCUCCUGGCUGCGGUGCCAGCCCAUGUCCUGCUCCCUGUCCACCGCCAUCCUGUGAUCCCUGUGAUCCUUGUGGUCCUAGCUGCGGUGCCGGGGGAACUGCCACCGGUGGACCCAUGGAGAAGAACAAGUGCUGCAAGGGUCCGUGUGCCCAGCCCCCUUGUCGUCGCUGCACAAUGGUGGACCCAUGUGCCAAGCGCAUCGAGCCGCCGGCCAAGUGCCUGCGAUACUACUCCUGCAACCUGAACAAGCUGUGUCCCUGCGAUUACUGUGAGGACGAGUUCGACAGAGAAUGUCCCACUGUGCCCACAAGGCGCUGCAACAUGUCGCCCAUCGAACAAAAGCUGCAGAAAUGCGGUCCCUGUGGGGGCAUUCCACCAUAUCCCCGCUUUGUCCAGGAGAAAUUGGAGGCGGAACUCUUGAACAAGCCGAACAAGGAUCCCAAGAAGGACAUGGAUGGCAAAAAGGAUAAGGAUGGUAAGGACAAGGACGGCAAAGGCAAGAAGAAGCGACAGGCAGGUGGUGCCCUUAACUGCGUGGGCGACCACAAUAGUCCUUCUGCCCUUUACGAAGAAUGCGAUCCUGUCUGCAAUGGUGUCCUCCAGGCCACCAGAAAAAUGAGGUACAAGGAGCCGAUUGUCGAGUGCAACAGGCGCGAGGAAGAGUACAACAUGGCCUGCGAUGAAGCGCGAAAACGGGCUGUGCGGAAAUUGCGCCAUUUGUUGUUGAAGUACAAUAUCAAAAUUGAGAAUUAAAGGCCUUUCGAAUACAACGCAACUCUUAAGACAUCUGCAGAAGUACCCAGUGAAUAGUUAUAUAUAUAAAU